GUACCUCGUCGAGUCAUGGCGGUCCCCGGGCGGGCGAUGGCGACGCGCGGGCAGGGGCAUCGUCGAGUCAUCUGCCCGCGGCAGGGUCCUUCUGUUGCCCGCCUUGCCCCUCCCUCUCCAUUUAUGAGGCGUCGCCGUGUCCAGUUCUCUCCCGGCUCCUCUGUAGCUCUGGAUCUGGAGAUGGCGGAGAUCUGCUGCGACGUGGCGGUGGCCGAGGUGGCGAAGGAGGCGUCGGUGGCCUCCCGCGAGGCCGUAUCGCGCCUUGAGAGGCGGCGCCGGAUGGGGAUUCGACGGUUCAGGCUCGUCGCCGAUGCCGGGGAUCAGACUGCGGAAGCGGGGCGAAAGAGGCGGCGGUUGAGUUGCUCUGGGGAGGUGGCGGUGGGGGAGACGAGACUGAGUUUGGAGCCACCGCGCAUGGGGAUCGAGCGGCCGGCGUUCGGGGUGGUGUCGAUUUGCGGACGGAGUAGAGAUAUGGAGGACGCCUUCUCCGUCCGCCCUGAUUUUGAUCGGACGGGGCCGACUCACCAUUUCUUCGGCGUCUACGAUGGCCAUGGCUGCUCCCAUGUGGCCGGUCUGUGCCGAGAUCGGAUGCACGAACUGGUGGAAGAGGAGAUGUUGAGGCUGGGACCUGGAUCGCCACCCUCGGAGGCGUGGACGGGGUUGAUGAAGCGGAGCUUCUCGCUUAUGGACUCGUUGGCGGUCGCGCGGCGACUUGAAGCCGCUGGCGUCGGCUCCAACCGUGCGAACCCUCGCUGCCGCUGCGAGCUCCAGACCCUGAAAUGCGACACUGUCGGGUCUACUGCCGUCGUCGCUGUCGUGGGGCUUUCAAAUAUCGUUGUGGCCAACUGCGGUGACUCGCGCGCCGUUCUUUGCCGCGGAGGCGCACCUAUCCCGCUCUCCUCCGAUCACAAGCCAGACAGGCCGGAUGAGCUCAGCCGGAUCGAGGCUGCCGGCGGCCGCGUCAUCUACUGGCAAGGCGCUCGAGUUCUCGGCGUGCUCGCCAUGUCUCGAGCCAUAGGCGACGGCUAUUUAAAGCCCUACGUGACGUCGGAGCCGGAGGUGACGGUGACGGAGCGGAGCGAAGCGGACGAGUUCCUCCUCCUCGGCAGCGACGGACUGUGGGACGUGAUGACCAACGAGAUGGCCUGCGACGUGGUCCGCACGUGCUUCGACCGGGCGAAGGCGCUGAACAGCGACAAGGCGUGCUCAGAUGCGGCAACGCUGCUGGCAAAGCUGGCGCUCGCAAGGCACAGCGCUGACAACGUCACUGUCGUCGUCGUCGACCUGAGAAAGCCAGCGAAAUCGCUACAAGAAUCAACAUGUAACUAGAUUUCUUCUCUUUAUGUAUCAUUUAACUGCCUAAAUAUCCAAAUGAAGAUCAUGUGAUAUGAGAUUUUCUUU